AUGUCCUCUCGUCCUGUCACCUCUAUUGCGGGCAAACCUGUCGGCUCUGUUGGCUAUGGCCUGAUGGGAUUCACGGCCUUCUACAACACGCCCUUUGAUGACGCGGUCAAAGUCAUGAAAACGGCGCUGGAAAAUGGCGCCAAUUUCUUGAACGCCGGGACUUUCUACGCGUCUCCUGAGCGUAACUCUUUGCAGCUGCUGAAGCAAUAUUUCGAUACCUAUCCACAGGAUGCAGCAAAAGUGGUGUUGAGUAUCAAAGGAGCGUAUAAUGGCGCCACAUUCACGCCGGAUGGAAGUGAGGCUGGCAUCCGUGCUUCUGUUGAGGAAAGUCUGAGGGUAUUGGAUGGCGUCAAAUCCAUCGACAUUUUCGAGUGUGCGCGUGUCGAUCCUAAUGUACCGAUCGAGACGAGCGUAAAGACCCUGGUAGUGCUAAUCGAGCAAGGCAAGAUCGGAUCGUAUGGCCUCAGCGAGGUCAAUGCCUCCACGGUCCGCAAGGCACAUUCUGUGCACCCACCCUCGGCGGUAGAGAUCGAGCUGAGCUGUUGUUCUCGCGCCAUGCGCUUCAAAAAGGCGCUCAAGAGAUACGAAGACCUGCCCAAGGACGACUACAGGCACCAUUACCCUCGUUUCCAACCAGGUAACUUUGAGAAGAACGUCAAAUUGGCGGAGAAAGUAGAGGGGAUUGCUCGAAAACGGGGACUCACGGCGCCGCAGCUGGCUAUUGCGUGGGUGAAGCAGCAAGGUGCGUUGCCCAUACCUGGCGCGUCGAAGUCCGAGAGAGUCAUGGAGAACACCAAGGAUGUCAAAUUGACCGGCGAGGAAGUUGGUGCGCUGCAAGAGUACUUGGAUCGAAUUCCUGUGGAGGGUGACCGAUAUGGGAGUAUAUUCCAGAGUGGGCUAAGUCUGUAG